AUGUCAACAAACAAUCCCCCUUCUUUGCCUGAUGUUUCUCCGUACACGUCUAGCGACGAGGAUCAUCAAGGCCUAGAGUUCAAUCCUCUCGAAGACGCUGGCGGAAUGAGCGACGUAAUGGUUUCAGAUCAGCUUGCUUAUAAAAGCUAUCGUGGCGGCUUCAGUGCAGCACAAGUUGCCGAAUAUUUGCGUUCCCCGAUCGGAAGACCCAUCAUGCUCAGUUUCUUCUAUGGCAACCCCUUCGUCAGCGCUCCACAGCUCGAACAUAUCAAGUUCACCUGCCCUGUGAGCAAAAACUUUUUCGACAAGAACAUAUCGACGCGCCAAAGCGAGAUUCAGAACGACAAACAAGAUGGACACGACAAUGAUAGUACUUCCCAGGCGAAAGAGCUGGCAUGUCUUGCUGGGCGCUGUGAUAGUGAACUUCUCCGUUCAUUCCCCAAUAAAUGCGUCGCUUGCGGUAAACCGAAUGCUUUGGAUGUUGCCCACCAGCCUCUCUGCUUUUCUUAUUGCGGCUACACCAGGCUCGCAAAUGGGGCCAAGAUGCGCGGGAUGAUGACUUAUAUUGCGAAGCUAGUCAAGCAGUUAGACGACGAACAGAAGAUUCAGGCUGCGAUUGGAGUCGCAUCUCGAAGCCCCAAUCCUCAUAUCCAUUUCCUAUCCGCCCCGGUCUGCGUUCGCAACCGCGAAUGUCGACAAAAGGCAGAAUGGAGGCUCACCAAGUUAGCUCAAUUGGCAAAAAGACCACCUCCGGUCCCAGAUGAAACCCACAGGGAGAGUUGCGUUUUCAAGAAUAAGAAAUCGGACCUGAAGAACAAGGAAGAGUCUAUCAAGUCUGAUAAAUGGGAGGACGCGGAUCAGGAGUUUGGCGCGACAAUCCAACCGGUGAUCGAUACCCCCGGCAGAGUCCCACUGCGAGUCGCAGUCUUUUGUGGCAAACCAAUUAUCAACACCAAGGUGACUACAAGCCGCAAUUUGCUGAGUGUCAUGGUUUUCACCUUGCGUUGGGAUGCCAAUGAACUCGCCACGGCUACCGGGGAUGACGGCCGUUUCUAUAGCCUCCUCGGUGCCUUUCUCGAAACCCGUAUUCUCUGCGCAGCAGAGUUCCGCUGUUGUAUCUGUCAAGAUCGCAAGCUGGCAACAAGUCUGAUCCAUCGUCCAAUUUCUUUUCGACGGAAUAAUACCACUGGUGCCGGGGCAGCAGAAACACGAAAACUUAUCAUGCAACUCGUUCAGCUUGUGGGCGAUGGCUGCCAGUGGACAGCACCGGAAACAGAGGCGGUUUUGGGAUCACCCGGCGUAUGGCACGUCAACGUCUUCGUCGCUCCGAUUUGUCGUCGCGACAGUGUUGUAUGUGAGGAAACGGCUCGAAUCGCGGCCAAACGAUUCGUGGACAAUCAAAUUGCCAGUGUUGGCACUCCAAAAAGAGCUCCUUUCAAACUCGCUUGGCCCAACUUAUUUUAUGACUUUGCGUUAUCGAACAUGUACACCGUGCAAAAUGACGGCAAGGUUCCCAAGCUUGCUGUCAAGAAAAUUGGCUUAGGCGUCAUGGAUGACCCGAAGAUUAAAAGCAAGGCGGUAAAAGAAAUGCGCCGCACCCUGGAGCGACUUCGCGUAAAAGUCGAAAGCGAUUACAACGCGCAUCUCCAGGAGACUGAGACUAAAAAGCAAAUGGAGGACGAGUGCAAGCGUGGGCGGUCGCAUUCAAUUCUCCGUGACGAAGACUUUGUCUUUCUGUUUGCGCUGAAUUCAUUCCCAAAUGAAGUGUCCAACGAUGAAAACAAGCAUAACGAACAUGAAGACGAAGGGAAUAAAAGGGGAUCUGAUCCGAAGUCGUUUGGGGAUGGAGAGGAGGUUCUUUUGUCCCCAGAAGUGCUCAAUUUGAGGGAUGAAGUUGGGAAAUUUGUGAAGGAUCGAUAUGGAGAGGAUUUUCUUGCAAAUGCUAUGGACGGAGAGAUCUGA